AUGGAGUCUGCCGACGACCGCCAGUCGUCGUCUCGUCAACGUCAAGGUACCCGUUCGCGUCCUGCCACCACCGACCGUCAAGAUGCCACAGCCCCUGCUGGCGCAUUCCCCAAUUAUCGCAAUCCCUCCCCCGAAGCCAAUAUCGAUCCCGUGGGCGGCGUUGAGGUCAACUUGAAUGAUUCUGAUGGUAUCGCCGACUUGGACAACGAUGACCACCCCAUCUCCAGGGAGGCUCCCGCACCCAAUCAUGGCAAUCGAUGCUCGGGUUUCCCAGGCUGCUGCAGCCACCGCCUCGUCAACGUCGACGGCAAGGACCCUGUCAAGGACAGCGUACCUGCACAUCUUCAGUGGUAUGUGGUCACGAGCGGCAAACACGUUGGCGUCUUCAAAGGCUGGCACGUCGUCAUGGGCAAGGUUGAAGUUCGCGGAUCGGUCUGCUUCAGAGUCAUGAGUGCCCAGGAAGGUGUCGAGAUUUUCAACGAGGCAUUGGCAAAUGGCGCUUUGCGCGUCUGGAAGAAUGGUCGCUACCACGACAUCAGCCCUCAUGAUAUCCAAGUUGCAUGA